CCGAUCUUAUAGUCCAUUCAGCUGCUGUUCAACGUUGACUGGUACCGCUAGAGACUCUCUCAACAGAUACGUUUGACAAUAGCGCAACAGAAUGAAUUCGCCUUACCCGUCUCGAGAACACCUCGAUCGGUUAAUCAAGGAGCUCGUACAGGAAGUCGCUUCCGCCAAGGUCGAAGCUUCCAGGCAUAUCGUGUUCCUGCAGGGAGAACACGGUCUCAACAGACAUGAUACCGACCGAGAACUUCCGUUCAGACAAGAGUCCAACUUUCACUACUUGACGGGUAGCCUUGUCGCAUCUUCUACCUUGAUCGUCGAUCUCCCGCUGGAAGGAGGAAAGCCUGGCUCGAUUACAAGAAAGCUCUUUAUCCCUGAAGCGACGGCUGAAGCGAGUCUCUGGUCGAUCCCUCCUCCCAGUCUCGAUGUCGCUGCUACUCGGUGCGGCUUUUCGAGGACGGAUAUGGGAUACUCUGGAGAGGAGGAUGAGCAGUACCUGAAUGAGCUCUUGGGGAAUGCGGAGAAGACGACGCUCGUCCAUGUCUUGUCUACGAAACCGCUCGACCCUCUCUACCCCCAAUUUCCGUCAUGGUUGAGCCAAAUGUUCGACUCCAAGGACGAACGCGCACCCUUUUUCACUAGCGAAUACCUGCUCCGCGCUUUACACCGUGCUCGACUGAUAAAGACUCCUCAGGAGAUCGAGUACAUCAGGGAGGCCAACAGGAUCACCUCGGGAGCUCACGAGGUGGUCAUGCGAGAGCUUGGCCGGUUCGCCCGUCGAAGAGACGUCAAUGCCGUCGGACCGGACGGCAAGGUCUCCACAACGAAGCGGACCGGCAAGGAAGGGUUGACCGAGUGGGAGAUCGAGAGCGAGGCGGACGCCGAAGCCGUUUUCGUAGCUACAUGCAAACGGGCUGGAGCCGAUCAGGCGUACUUGCCGAUCGUCGCUUCGGGUAGUCGAGCGAGUACUCUGCAUUAUGUCUGCAACGAUCGACUUUUCCCUUCGACCACCAACGUAUCCCAUACCCCCGCUUCAGGACAGUUCUCGACGACAGCUUUGACGCACGAUGCCGCCGCGCCCGUCUCUGCCUCCUCCUCCUCGUCUACCCCUGCUCAAGGUCGAGGGUGCUGUGGCGACAACCCCUCGGAAUCGUUCGACGAUCUGCACAACGGCCCGUUCUUGCCCCAGGUCUUGUUGAUCGACGCGGGGUGCGAGUUCAAAGGGGGAUAUGCUUCGGAUGUGACGAGGACCGUGCCGGUCGGUAACGGUGGAAAGUUUACUGAGGAGGGCAAGACGAUCUAUUCGAUCGUGCUCAAGAUGCAAAAGGCUGCAGAGGCACAAUGCAAAGCCGGUAUCCAUUGGGAUGAGCUCCACUUGCUCUGCCACCGGAUCUUGUGCGAGGAAUUCUUAAAACUAGGCAUCUUCAAGGAUGCUAGUGUGGACGAGAUUGUCGAAGCGGGCCUCACUCAAGCGUUCUACCCGCACGGCCUCGGUCACUCGCUCGGACUUGAUGUCCACGACUCGCUACAACUUCUCAGGAGCGAAUACCUGGCGAUCCCCGAGAAUUCCAAGAAGUUCCACCACGUCUUCAAAUACCUACGAAUUCGUCGACCUUUGGAGACCGACAUGGUCUUGACCAUCGAACCGGGUUGCUACUUUUCCACGCAGCUCAUGGACCAAUAUGGAGUACGAAAGAGCCCUUGGGUCGACUUGAAGACGCUCGCCAGGUACAUCCCCGUCGGUGGAGUUAGGAUCGAGGACGCGGUGGUGGUCAGGGAGGACGGGUGCGAGAACCUCACGGUCGCCGUUCGAGAGGUGGAGGAUGUCGAGGCCAUCUGCUCGGGUCGCGUCUGAUCCCGUGGACGAUGUAUCGGCCAACGCGCCAAACGAUAGAGACAAAUAACAGAUAUAUCAAACAUACUUGGGGUUAGGUCAAGGUAGUUAGUGGCUUUGUGGCUCAGGG